UUCGCAAACCGAAACAAAAUGGCUACCGUAGAUUUUCUUUCAUAUAGUGACUAGAUAUUCUUGAUUCAAAUCAUCACUUAUUGUAUUUGCGAUUCAAUUCAACAUACUCCCGAGUCUAAACUAUUAUUUUACCGAAAAGAACAUACAAAUAGAGAGAUCAGAUUUUGUUCUUUAAAAUAAAAACAAUUAUUUAAAGAGAUCAAAAAUUUUCGUUAACCGAAAUCUGUAAACUAUUUUGUAUUUGAAACCUUUGUUUUUGGCUUUAAAUCAUUUUUAUUUGAAAAUUGUUUUAUACUGAUUGAUGAGAACAUAAAAAUCAAUAGUGGUCACAUUUAAUUAAAAUCUAGCAGUCGACUGAAUAGUAAUAUGAGUAAUGCUAUUAAUCAAAAUGGCACAGGUCUAGAGCAGCAGGUUGCUGGUCUGGACUUGAAUGGAGGCAACCUUAAUAAGAGCAGUCCUUCAAGCAAGAAUUCUAAUUCAACCUUUGCGGCCCGUUACGUUCCGCCACACUUGCGUGGUAGUGUUAAUAGCGAAACUCUUGAUCCUCUGGAAAAUAAAUCAGAAAAAGAAUCAAGGAGUGAUAAGGAAAGAGAAUAUGGAUGUGAUGUCCGAAGAGGAAAUAAUAGAUCCAAUCAUUACGAACGUUCUGACAGAAUCAAUAAUGACCAUAGCAGUUACUCUAAACGGAAAGGUUUUGAAAAUUCAACUGAUGAAGGUGAUACACGUUUUAACGAUUGGUACCGUGGCGGCAAUCGCUUUCAACACAAUCGCAACGGAGAUAGAGAUCGCCGUGAUGAUUAUCGUAGUGAGCAUGCUCGUGAGCGUUCCAACAGAGAUGACGGCAUACGGAACGACAGGUGGGUGGAUUCAGAACGGCGCAAUGAUACAGGACAAUCAUUUGGAGGUAAAUGGAAAGAUGAAAAAAGGUGUGAAGUCGAUUACACCUCCCUUGGACCUCGUGAUGAACGCAUUGAACUCGAACUUUUUGGCACUGCUAACACUGGAAUUAAUUUCAACAAAUACGAAGACAUACCCGUGGAAGCGACGGGAAAUCAAGUACCAUCACAUAUCACAACUUUCAAUGACGUCAACUUGACGGACAUAGUAAAAAAUAAUAUUGCAUUGGCAAGAUACGAUACGCCAACACCAGUUCAAAAAUAUGCAAUCCCAAUUAUUAUAACUGGUCGUGAUUUAAUGGCAUGUGCUCAGACAGGAUCCGGUAAAACUGCAGCUUUUUUGGUUCCAAUUUUGAACCAAAUGUAUGAGCAUGGAGUUUCGGAUCCACCACCAUCGAAUCGCAUGAGUAAUAGGCGCAAACAAUAUCCCUUAGGAUUAGUUUUGGCUCCAACAAGAGAACUUGCAACACAAAUAUUCGAAGAAGCUAAAAAGUUUUCUUAUCGUUCAAAAAUGCGUCCUGCUGUUCUCUAUGGAGGCAACAACACAGUUGAACAAAUGCGUGAGUUGGACCGGGGUUGCCACCUCAUUGUUGCUACGCCCGGUCGUUUAGAGGAUAUGAUAACUCGUGGAAAGGUUUGCCUUGACAAUAUUCGAUUUUUAGUACUCGAUGAAGCAGACAGAAUGUUAGAUAUGGGGUUCGAACCUCAAAUUAGACGUAUCGUUGAAAGAAGUAAUAUGCCAGCAACUGGCGAACGCCAAACCUUAAUGUUUUCAGCCACAUUUCCAAAAGCAAUUCAAGAAUUGGCAAGCGAUUUUUUGCAUAACUAUAUUUUCCUUGCGGUUGGAAGAGUUGGAUCUACUUCUGAAAACAUAACACAAACAAUUUUAUGGGUAAAUGAACAAGAAAAGCGUUCAUAUUUGCUUGAUUUGUUGCGAUCUAUAAAGGAAGGCCUUGAAUAUUCCAAAGAUAGCCUUACCUUAAUUUUUGUUGAAACAAAAAAAGGAGCAGACUCUCUUGAAGAAUUCUUAUACAAAUGUAAUCACCCUGUUACAAGCAUUCACGGCGAUCGAUCACAAAAAGAAAGAGAAGAAGCUUUGCGUUGUUUUCGAUCAGGCGAUUGCCCAAUACUAGUUGCUACAGCUGUGGCUGCUCGCGGUUUGGAUAUACCACAUGUUAAACAUGUUAUUAAUUUUGAUUUGCCUUCAGAUGUAGAAGAGUAUGUUCAUCGAAUUGGUCGCACUGGAAGAAUGGGUAAUUUAGGUGUUGCUACGAGUUUCUUUAAUGAAAAAAAUCGCAACAUUUGCGGAGAAUUAAUGCAAUUAUUAAUUGAAACGAAACAAGAGAUUCCACCCUUCCUUGAAGAAAUGAUGGCAUCAGAUCGUUCUCAUAGUGGCGGCAAGAGAUCAUCAAAUCGUGGCAGUGGAAGUAAUCGUUACGGAGGGGCGUUUGGAUCCCGAGAUUAUCGUCAACAAUCUGCUGGUCCUAAUUCGAGAGUAAAUAGCAAUCGUCCCGGUGGAUCUUUUCGCAGCAGUGGAAAUGGGAACUCCUCGUACUAUGGUGGAAGUUCCGGGCAAUAUGGCGGAGGAAAUGCAGGAAGUGGCUCUUACGGAGGAAGCUACAAUCAAUCCCAUACAAAUAACUCUUCAGGCCCGGAUUGGUGGGCUAACUAAAUAUAGCAACAAACGGUCUUAUGAAUUAACUAAUUAUAUUACAACAAUAAUGGAGUCAUACGUUGAGUUAGCCGGUUUCUUUUUUUUAAUUAUUAUUCGUGUCCAAAAUUUUAUUUUGAAAAAUCUAAAUCUGUUUUUGAAUUCAACUCAGUAUUUCUAAUAGUUAAUUUAAAAUUAUUUUCUGAAAACAAAUUUUUAAUAAAUACAGUGUCGUUUUGGAUGACAUUAAAACCCUGAAUUUUGUAAUAAGAGACGAACGUAUGUGAACGUAAUCAUAAUUGUUAAUCAAAAUAAACUAAAAAUAAAAGACCCAG